GGCAGCGCCCAUGGAGUGCCCGUGACUCUGUGCGAUUCACGGACGGUUAACAUUAUUGAACAAUUUGUGCUUUUUAAAAGAGCUAAAAGCUCCAUAAAGUAAGCCAGGAUGUUGCGGAAGAUACUGCGAUUGCGGUCUGCAAUGUGCAAUGUAGAGAUUCGCAGGCUUUGUUCUUCUAAUAACCGUCUAAAUUCCAAGAUACCUCCAAAGCCACUGCCGACAAGAAUCGACCCGAGUGAUUUGCCAGAGGAGACAAUUGUCGAUGAGAAGACAAUACAACAACUAGAGAGACUUGCCCUGGUGAAUUUCAACAAUACAGCAGGAAUACAACAAUUAUCAGAGGCCAUCAGAUUAGCGGAUCAAAUCCGUACAGUCGACACAACUGGGGUUGAACCCAUGGACUCCGUGCUGGAAGACAGAAUGCUGUAUUUAAGAGACGAUGACGUCACAGAGGGAAACUGUGCAGAGGAAGUUCUGAGAAAUGCCGCCAAGACUUGCGAGGAAUCCUUUGUGGCACCGCCCGGGAAUAUCCCAUUACCUUCAAAAUCUGUGGCAAGCUUUGGUGACUAACUCCUUGAGGCUGAUCAGGAAGGAUCAUGACAUUCGAUUCAGAAAAAUGAAAACUCCUUUUAAAAUGCUAACUGCUUAAAGACACUAGACACCUUUGGCAAUUGUCAAUGACCAGUUAUUGUCACUUGGUGUACUUCAACAUAUGCAUAAAAUAAUACAGAUAAUAGAAAAUACACCCUUGUCACACUAAGUUGUGUGCUUUCAGAGGCUUGACUUCGGGACUUCUAACAUGUCAAAAUCGAAUUCUGAGGUCUCAAAAUCAAACUCAAAUAUUUUAGUGGAAAGGUACUUCUUCCUCAAAAACUACG